GAGCGCAUGGAUGAACGGGCUCAGGAGCGAGAGCACUGCGGAGGACACAAGCAGCUGCUGGAAAGAAAAAAAAAAAAAAAAGAAAAGAGCCCCAACUGCAAUGCAAACGAAACCAGCAAGCAACUUGGACACCAUUCCGGGGAUAUCAUGAACACAACGUCUGUGCUGUGUGGAGAAAAUGGAGAAGUUUGACACUGCGCUUUGUACGCAGUACAUGGAAAGACUUUGCAUAAGGAAUCAAAGAAUUAGAAAGCAAGGCAGUUGAAGUCUGCGCAACAAAUGAGAUCGCACACUCACUGACUCACUGGAAGGUGAAAAGCGAGCCCACUUGGUAUGGAGAUACGGGUUUGCCAGAAUGGAUUCUGAUCUUGGUGAUGCCGCAACCGUGUGGAAUAACGCGUCAUUGGGACUGCACAGUGAGGUCCGCUCCCACGCGUCGCCCAACAGCUCCAACUCGAGCUCCGCGCCCGGGCCUGGCAGCGCGCACCUCAGCCUCAGUCGGGCGCUGCCUGUGGGCAUGGUUCUGGGCGCAUUUAUAGUGUUCGCCAUCGUGGGCAACAUCCUGGUUAUCCUCUCCGUGGUGUGCAACAGGCACCUGCGCAUUCCAACUAACUACUUCAUCAUCAACCUGGCCAUUGCGGAUCUGUUGCUUGGCACCACCGUGCUCCCAGUGUCCGCCACGCUGGAGAUUCUGAACUACUGGGUCUUCGGGAGGAUCUUCUGUGACAUCUGGGCUGCCGUAGAUGUCCUGUGUUGCACAGCGUCCAUCAUGAGCUUGUGCGUAAUAUCCAUCGACAGGUACAUCGGAGUGCGGUAUCCUCUGCAGUACCCGACUAUUGUGACAGAGAAAAGAGCGCUCCUGGCCAUGCUGGGAGUUUGGGUACUUGCUCUGAUUAUAUCCAUCGGACCCUUGCUUGGAUGGAAAGAGCCACCUUCUGAGGAUGAAACCGUUUGUCCAAUAACAGAGGAGCCGUUUUAUGCGCUUUUUUCGUCUCUUGGCUCCUUCUACAUCCCGCUAGCUGUGAUUUUGGCCAUGUACUGCCGCGUUUACAUCGUUGCCAAAAGGACCACUAAGAAUUUAGAAGCUGGAGUGAUGAAGGAGCGCAAUGACUCCAGUGAGCUCACACUCCGAGUGCAUUACAAGGGCUCUCAGAUCCAAGACGACUGCAGCAGCACGGGCAAGGGCCAGAUGAGGAGCUCGCUCACUGUCAAAUUACUGAAGUUUUCUAGAGAAAAGAAAGCUGCCAAAACUCUUGGCGUUGUAGUAGGCAUGUUCAUCCUGUGCUGGUUACCGUUUUUCCUCGUACUGCCCAUCGGUUCCUUCAAUACCAACCUGCGUCCUCCAGAGACAUUUUUCAAGGUGAUCUUCUGGCUCGGUUACUUCAACAGCUGCCUGAACCCCAUCAUCUACCCAUGCACCAGCCGUGAGUUUAAACAGGGAUUUAUCCGCAUCCUGCGCUGUCAGUGCCAGCAGAGGAAGGGCUGGAGACCCUACAACUACCGAUCCCACAUGGGUCCCGCCAACCAGAGCUACAUGGACAACAGCUCAGUUUGCAUGAACGGCAGUCACGCUUCUCCCAGCCCUCGGUUCUUCAGCAGAGGCAGUGGCUCACAUACAGCAUCGGGUCUCUUACCAGGCUGGAGUUCCUCCUCCACCUCUCUGUCUAGCAGUUCCUUCCCUAGGAAGUUCAUUGCCAGCCCUGGACCAGUGUGUGAGAAUUCAGACAAAUCCAGCAGGAUGACUCUUCUUAUUCCUGAUGGGGCUCCAGCAAAAGAGAUCCAGCACGCCAAUGGGCAGAACGUUAAAGAAGAAGUCGAACCAGAGAUAAAUUCUAGAAUAACGCCUGAAAUUAUACUGUAGUUGGUUACAUGAUGUCUAGCUUUCACACCAGUGCUCCCUCUUUGUUUCUUCUUUUUGUUUUUAUUGUGUACAUUUGACAUUCUUGUUGUAAUUGAAUAAUUUUUUAUUCUGCAUGUCUGCAUUGUGAACAAAGUUAUGACACAUGCAGUGGCUACUGAUGUUGAAACUCUGUGGAAUUAAGAGUGAAUAUUUGUGCAUUUUACUUACCUUGGAUUUUAUCACAUACAUUCUGUGCAUACUUGUGCUGUAAAGUUAUUAUUAAACAUAUUUUUAAAUAAUAAUAAUAAUAAUAAUAAUAAUAAUAAUAAUAAUAGCCUUUAUUUGUAUGGAAUAUUUUUUUUAGUUCAAAAUCUGAAAAUGCUGUACAUAUUAAAGAUAAGCAUGAUGUAAAUCAGUCUGGUUUCCAGAAGCAUUGUAGUAAGAAUGUUCUCGUAAAAAUGUUCUGAUAUCAACAUUGUCAUGCUACAGACAAAUGUCAAGAAAUGACAGCAAUCUGGAAGUAUUUCAUCAAUAAUGCUGGCAAUCAAUGCAAAGCAGACUGCAAACUGUGCUCUGUGAAAAUAUCAAGCGGAAGGUACUACAGCAUUUUUCUAUAAUACAAGUAACCUGUUUAAACAUCUUAAACAUAAAUCUCAAAAACGAGGAGUUCAUUGCUAGCAGCACACUGCAGCAGUUAAUGCUGGUUAGGCGAGAGAAAAUGUCUACAUACAACGCUAAGUGAGUGAAAAUAACAGCCUUACCCAGAAUGUUGUUCUUGACGAUCAGUCACGAUCGGUCCUAGACAACGAGGGAUUCGGAUACAAUGAAGACAAUGAAACAUAUUUUACUUACAGCUGUUCAGAAGCACUUUUCCUAAGUUAAACAAAGCUGGAUCUUCUCCAUUGCAGCCUUUUCUCGAUCCAAGGUAACUUGUGAAGCUAGCUAAUACGCUUCAUUUCAAAUCAACUAAUGUUAGAAAGAAUGAGCCUAGUCCUUGAACAUGCAAAUAUGAUCACUAUUAAAUCCAGGUAAAACAUAAACAGAGAUAAAUAUCAUGUUCACUGACACCACUGAUUGAUUAAUACUAAGUAGGUUACUUAUUUUAGUAUCAUUAUUGGUAUUGUCCAGUACACACACACACACACACACAAAACUUCCUUGUACUUGUUUUGGGUAAAAAUGGUAUUGAUGCGUCCCUGCUAUUGACAAUGAUAUUUUUACAGGCAGGCUUAAAAACAUGGUCGGUUUAGACAGACACAUUUUUGCAAGGUUUAGUUCUACGUUGACAACCGUUUACUGAGAUUAAAAGAGAUUCUUCAGAGCCUAAUAAGUGCAGUAUGGUGUCUCACAUAGUUUUGUUUUAGGCCCACUAUUGUGUUCUCAUUUGGACAGAUACUUUGCAAAUAUUAUGUUGGCUUUAACUUCUGUGCUAUCCUUUGUAUAUAUUGACCCUAUUUAUAAUAAGCUGUGUUUGUCACUGUUAUUGUAGUUGUAUUGUAAUAAAGAGAUUCAUUGUUUUGUUGAA